AGUACGGCUCUCGAAGUGGCGAGCGGCUCAUUCAGACUUUCUGUGACUUUCUCAAGCUACCAAUAUGAGCGGAAGAGGCAAAACCGGAGGCAAGGCCAGGGCGAAGGCAAAGACCCGUUCAUCCCGUGCCGGGCUCCAGUUCCCCGUGGGCCGUGUGCACAGGCUGCUGCGCAAAGGCAACUACGCCGAGCGUGUGGGCGCUGGCGCACCAGUCUACCUGGCCGCCGUGCUCGAGUACCUGACUGCUGAGAUCCUGGAGUUGGCCGGCAACGCUGCCCGUGACAACAAGAAGACUCGUAUCAUCCCCCGUCACCUGCAGCUGGCUGUCCGUAACGACGAGGAACUGAACAAACUGCUCGGCGGUGUGACCAUCGCUCAGGGUGGUGUGCUGCCCAACAUCCAGGCAGUGCUACUCCCCAAGAAGACCGAGAAGGCAGUCAAAGCCAAGUAAAUUCGCUACUGCGACUUCAACUUGACUACUCAACCCCCAAAGGCUCUUUUAAGAGCCAACCACCUAGCUCUCCAAAAGCGCAAAGUACCUUUCUAUGACCGCUACACAUUGAGUGGGUGUAUACACAACUAUUUCGACAUUCUGUGCCCACAUGAGGCCUUGCAUGAACAACAACACCUACUAGGCCUCGUUU